AGGCGUCGGCCCCCAUGCCCUCCCCGCGCUACCCCAGCGCGGCCGAGCUGGACGCCUACGCGCAGAAGACGGCGGGCAGCCCGCUGUCCAUCAAGAUCUUCCCCACCAACAUCCGGGUCCCGCAGCACAAGCACCUUAACCGCACCGUGAACGGCUACGACACCACGGGCCAGACGCGCUACAGCCCCUACCCGCACCUGCACACCGGCGGCUACCACGGCCUGCUGGCCAUCGUCAAGGUCUCCUCGUCGUCGUCAUCAUCAUCAUUGUCAUCAGGAUCUUCGCUGACAUCUUCGUCCUCAUCAUCGUCAUCGACGGCUUACGGUCAUGGUCUGUCGAAAGGUGUGGUGAAGAAUGUGGAGGGCCGUCGGACUAAGCUGUCGCCUCCGCAGCUGGCUGUGGCCCCUUACCCGCCACCCAUGGCAGGCGGAGGUGGAGGUGGUGGUGGCAGCACUUUAGCCCACGCCCACAGGCACAUGCUCUGCCACGCGGUGCCACCCAAGCCGCCCGAGGGCUCCACGGCGUCCACAGCGAUCAUCUCCGCACCCCCCAACGUGACAGUGGCCGGUUCGGUGAUACCCACCACCAGCAAUGGAGGAAGAGGAGGAGCCAACGGAGCACUAGCAGGAGAGAGAGGAGGAGGAGGAGGAGAGGGUGGAGGUGGUGGUGGUGGAGGAGGAGGACUAGGGCUGGCCCUGCCUCCCCAGUCCAACCUGCCCUCCAUCCAGAGCAUCAUCUACCAGAUCAACCAGCACUGCCAGGCCCAGGCGCUGCAACAGCAGGUGGGCCAAGGAGCCGGAACUGGAGCCGGACCCCCUCCCACCAUGACCACCACUAACGGCUCUGGUACCGGUGCCUCCAGCAGCAACAGCGGCAGCCCAUCCAAGGCUGUGGUGGUCGGAGGGCUGCCUUCAUCCUCCUCGGGCUCUUCGGGGGCUGUCUACCCAGCAGGGGUUCUGGGUCAGGGUGGUGGCCUGCUGUACGGCCCUGCCGGUGGUGGUGGUGGGGUUGGGUCUGCAGGAGGAGGCCUGGGCAGCGAGGGGUUAAAGACAGUGGUGUACGCGGACAGUAUGGAUUACCUGCUCUGGCAACAGAAGCACCAACAGCACCAACAACAGCAGCAUCAGCACCAUCAACAGCAGCAGCAGCAGCAGCAGCAGCAGCAUCAUCAGGCAGUAUUACGGAUGUAUAGCGCCGGCAGUGGAGGAGGUGGCGCUGUGAGCAAGUCGCCUGAGACCUGUCUGCCUGGUGGGGGUGGAGGAGUCAUGCUAGUAGGAGGAGGUGGUGGAGGAGGCGGUGGUUCCUCGUCCUCCUCGUGCUCCUCCAGGCCGUACCCGCUCACAGCGAGCGGAGGAGGCGCGGUGGUGACCGGAGGAGGAGGAGGUGGUGGCAACAGCAGCAGCAGUGGCCUGGACAAGGUCAGCUCCUCACCGCUCAACUGCGUGGGCAUGCACGGCAACUUCUCGGUGGGCCAGUACUUCGCGCCGCCCUGGAACAGUGUCCUGGUCACGCCCGACAGCGACUGCUGCUACAACCCCCAGGAGCUGCCACCCGGCGCCGCCACCACCACCGCCACCAACAUCUCCGCAAGCGGCCUGGCCUCGUCUUCCGCCGGGCCCCUCACAGGAUUCUCCACCUCCCACCACCACCACCACCAUCCGACAUCCCACCUGCACCCACACCACCCCAACAACAACCACCACCAUCAUCUCCACCCCCACCACAACCAUCAUCACCCGCAUCACCACCACCAUCACCACCACCUCCACCCCCAUCACCAUCACCACCUGGGACUGGACAGUGCCGGUACCCUUGCCGGUGCCUGCGGCAGUGCCGGGGCCCUGUGCUGCGGCGCUGGGUCUCUGGCCAGCAAGGCGAGCCUGGGCCUGGGCCUGGCCAACACCUCGGUGCUGAGCAGCAGCCUGCAGUCACUGGAGUACCUGAUCAACGACAUCCACCCGCCCUGCAUCAAGGAGCAGAUGCUGGGCAAAGGCUAUGAGACCGUGGCCGUGCCCCGGCUGCUGGACCACCAGCACGCGCACAUACGCCUCCCCGUUUACAGAUAAGAGAGAGCUGCCAACGGACAACGGACUGUACAUUGUGUGGACAAGAGUACGACUGUUUUUGACAAAUGUUGGAAGCCAUUUUCAACUGUUGUUUUUUUGUGACCAGAAGACCUACCAACCAUAUUUCCUGGUUGGAAUUGUCAGUCUGAAACCCCGACUCGCUAUCAGAGUGGGACUUUUCUGCAUUUGGGCAAUUCCAAACAGAAAAGGGUUGUUGUUUGUUUUGGUUGCAAAUUGACGGUUGGAAAAUGCUUCAAAUCCAUUAAACUGAAGACUGGAACCUUCAGUAGAAUGAAGCUCUAGUAGCUGCAGCAACAGGUGGACCAC